AUUAUACUUGCACUAAUUAACUAAGAAAAAAGUGAGGAGCACUGAUCUGUACACAUAUGAUCUAAGUACACACAAUGAGCCGCACGCUCCAAGAAUCAUUGUUAAUCACGUUAUUAAUUAAUAAAUUAAUCAACCCUAAACACCAGAUCCAAUGAUUAAUUAAUUAAUUAGACCACCACCAAUGCUUAAUGGUCACCCCCAACAAAGGGGUCCCCUUUGACAGAAAAAGAACCAACUCUCCUACCUUUGUUUAUUUCAUCAAAAAACCUUUUACAUUCAUAUAUAUAAAAUGCUGUGAUCUCACAACGUAAUUAAACCAUCAGAAUUAGAUUCAAUGGAGAACAAGUUCUCGUUUCCGGCGUCGGGAACGGACUCCGAUCAGUUCGAGUUCGGUCCCGUGACGACGCCGAGCUCCCCGAAAUCUCCGGCCGACCAUCUGUUCUUCAACGGGAAGCUGCUACCCCACGUUUUCCCCAUUCAAACAUUACCGAAUAAUUACAGCAACUACUCGUACUCAAGAUCGACGAGCAGGGCGAGCAGCAUGAGCAGCAGGGAAUAUUCUUUAAUGUCGUCGCGCAGUAACAGCACGAACAGCAGGAGCAGCAACUGCAGCAGCGCAAGAACCAGCACCAGCGCCAGCACGUGCGAGGCGGCUGAUCUGCAGAGGAGAUCGAUUUCUUCGUCGUCGUCCACCGUUAGUCGAAAAAAUAAUAAUAUCAUAAGGCCGCCGCCUGUUGCUCCUCUGAAGAAUCAGCAUGGUGGUGUUACUUCUCAGAGGUGGCAGCUGAUUGCGGCGGCACCGGUCUUGAACCACCAGAGCUCGAGAUCAAGAAAUAAGGCGGUGGUGGCUGAUCAAAUUGUUCUUGAGCGAAAAGGGUCGAAGAAAUCGGACACGAAAUCGUGGUUCGGGAGGAGGAUUUUGAAGUCGUUUGUAUCUGCAUGCAAAGAAUGUCAUGCUAUUAAAAUAUGAAUUGUGUUUUUUUUUAAUUAAGGAUUGCUAUUGAUGUUAAAAUUAUAUUGUGUCUAUUUUUUAAGGAUUAGAAGUUUUUUUUUUCUGAUUUGAAGUGAGUUGUCUGACUGAGUGUUUUAACCAUUGAUGCAGAAAUCUUAAUUGUGUAAUAUUAGGAAGCAUCUCUAAAUGAAAAGUCUUGGAUUUCCGUGAAAUUUAACAGAAUCUUCCAGAUUCCAUGAAAUGUU